AAUGAAAUAAAUCCAUCCUCGUAUAAAGAGACUAAAGGAAUGGAAGAAUAGAGUCAUCAUCGUUCACAUACAUCUCUUUCUCUCAAUAGAAAUAAUAUAAAAGAAAAAACAGUUUCUUCCUAAAAAGCUAGAGGUUGCAGUUUGAUAAGGCUUAUUUAAAACAAGAGCUGUCUGUCAUCUGCUCCAUGUCUUGCAAUGGAAUGGCUUUCUUCCCAGCAAAUUUCAUGCUCCAAACGCCUCAUCAUGAUCACGAAGAUCAUCAACGCUCCACUAACUCUAUCAAUCAAAUCCUCCCUUCUUGCACGGCGCCCCAGGAGUUUCAUGGUGUUGCAUCAUUUCUGGGGAAGAGAUCAAUGUCUUCAUAUUCAGGUAUAGAUCAUGUGUGUGAAGAAGCAAAUGGAGAGGAUGAUAUAUCGGACGAUGGGUCACAGGCAGGUGAAAAGAAGAGGAGGCUUAACAUGGAACAGGUAAAGACACUAGAGAAGAACUUUGAGUUAGGCAACAAGCUGGAACCCGAGCGAAAAAUGCAGCUGGCUCGAGCUCUUGGACUGCAACCAAGACAGAUUGCUAUUUGGUUUCAAAACAGACGAGCUAGAUGGAAAACCAAGCAACUUGAGAAAGACUAUGAUCUCCUCAAGAGACAGUACGAGCUCAUCAAAGCAGACAAUGAUGCACUUCAAGCUCACAACAAAAAGCUUCAAGCAGAGAUAAUGGCACUGAAAGGCAGAGAAGCAAGUGAAUGCAUCAAUCUAAAUAAAGAAACAGAAGGUUGUAGCAGCAACCGAAGUGAAAACAGCUCGGAUGUGAAGCUGGAUAACGACAGGCCGCCGCCCCCGGCGGCUACGAUUAGCAGACCAGCAAGAACCCUGUUUCCAACAGGACUGUUCCAAGCGGCGUCGUCAAAUUCAAGCCACGAUGAUCAUCAUCAACCUCCUCAAAUGGUUAAAGAAGAGAGCCUCAUCACCAACAUGUUCUGCACCAUCGAGGAACAAACCGGGUUUUGGCCAUGGCUUGAACAGCAACAACAUUUCAAUUGAUUCAUCAUUUUUCAAGUUCCCGAGGGAGAGAGAGAUGUUUGCUUAGCUAAGGUUGGAUCAUGCGAGAUGAAAUUUUUUUUCCCCAAGUAAAAUUAUAUUAUUUUCCUAAGUAAAUUGCAGUGCGGGUUGGUUUGCAGCAGCUCUAGCAUGGGCCAUGAAAGAAUAGAAAGGUGAUUCUGUUUAGCUACAUAAUAAUUCUAAUUAUUGUUUCAUUUUUCUUGCGUUGGAAUCAUGUCUUUUGUGUACUUUGAGUGCAUUGAAGAGAGAACCCUUGAAAUGAUAAUAUAUAUAUUUUUUUUUCUGAUUUCAUCAA